CUUUCGGGGCCAAUUCACGAAUCUAUACAUCCGCAAAAAGACAACCAUGUGUCCUUCAAGACUUGAAAAUAAAUACACUGGUGACAGUUGAGGGUCAUUGAAGUGUCGUUUAUGGUUGAUAUUAGGUGAGCGCAAACGCAAAGCUUCAACUGUCGCGAUAUUCCUCUUUGAAGUGUGUUUUCACACAGUUAGUGUCUGGCCUUAGCCGGAUGUUUGAUGCCAGGACCCCCCCCCCCCCAUACACGAGCUGUUCUCACCUCUUAGGGGGCGCGUGUCGCGUGAGUGGGGGUCUGUGCAUUAUGUCCACGUGCCCCUAGAUUUUAAGGGUCCUGUCAGCGACAAAAUGUGUGAAAUAUGGACGAAUACGACGGCUAUUAGAAGAUGGCAGACUUACACUACGCCAUACAAAUCUGAAUUCGGAUCAGGACGUUUGUCCAAAUUCAAUCACUAUUCACAAAGAUUAAGGAACAUGUUUCUAAAUAACUUAGUCGCAAUAUUAGAAAAAUGUCAAACAAACAUGUUAAGUGUUCCUUUUUUUCAAAAUGAAUGCGGCGUUUUCUGUGCGAAUAUGACACACAAUCCGAUCUGAAAGAUGAGUGGGUGGGUGGAGCCUGUGGUGAGUUUUUAUAGGUCAAGUGAAGCCUGAGGGACCACAUUCCACUUUGACUUUGUUGGACUUCGGUCAUGAAGAUGCCUCAGCAUUGUCAGCAUGCAAACACAGACAGAAAGAAUUUAAAACCUCUGGUGGAAAGACGACGACGAGAAAGAAUAAAUAGAAGCUUGGAGAACCUCAAAACUCUUUUGCUUACACCACAAUUAGCUGGCGGGCGCAGGUUGGAGAAAGCAGAGAUCCUGGAGCACACGGUCUUCUUCCUGCAGCAACACGCCAACAAAGGGCACACGAAGCAGGUGCCGCACUCCUACCAUCAUGGGUUUUCCUCCUGCCUGCAGAGGGCUGCCCACUUCCUACGAUGCGAGGGCGAAGGUGUUGCCAUCGCUGACUGUUCAUCCUCCUCUUUUUCUUCAUCGUCGUGCCCCCCUGGCUUCCCGCCGGCUCUCGGGGGUCCUUCCAGGAGCGUCGUUCGCAACACGACGCCCCAAAAGAGACCCAGCACGGCGGGGAGCUUGUGGAGACCCUGGACCUGAUUUCCAACAUGAGGGGGACAAUGUCAGUGCAAUAGAAUGUACAACUCCAUUUUUACUGUCAUUUUAUUAAGGACCGAAAUCGACUGUGACGAUGUUAUUCAACGCAUGUUUGCACCUUUAAUUUAUUUAAAUGUCGUGUGUAAAUAAACCAAAUGGGUGGGAAAA